UGGUGGUGGUGGUGGUGGAACUGAGCUUUAAUGCCCUAAUCACUGUUAUCCCGCACUGCCACUCUUCCCAAGCAAGGGUCUCCAUUUGAUUCCGAGAACCUUCAAGGCUUUUUUCGGGAGUGGUUUCGCUUCUUCUCACUGUUUCCACCAAGGAGAGGAUAUGAAGAAAUUCCCCGCUUUUCUGUUUGUGGAUUUGUUUACAGUAUAUCAGGCUCUGGGACUCAGUUAUGAAGGCUCAGGGGCCAUUUAUCCCAAUAGCAACAAUGAAGUGGUGCAUGAGGAGACAUAUUACCCUCCAGAGCUGGACUACAAGUAUCCCCAUUGGUGUCAAACAUUUAAACUACACAAUGGGCACAUGAAAUGUUCCUCCCCACGUGGUGGGAACCAUCGGAACACAUUUGGCACACGGUGUUCACUGUCUUGUGAACAAGGAUACAAGCUCCUGGGGCAAUCAUCUAUACACUGCAUGAGUGGCCGCCGAUGGUCAGGAACUGCUUACUGCCGGACCGUACGUUGCCGUGUCCUUCCAUACAUCCAGCAUGGUACAUACAGCUGCAGUAGGAGCUUUUUGGUUCACUCCAAAUGUGACUACUCAUGCUUUCAAGGCUACCAGAUUGAAGGGGAUCGUUAUCGUAUUUGCCAGGCAGGGGGAAGUUGGAGUGGUGCAGAGCCAACAUGUGCAGAUCAUGACCCCCCCAAACUGAAAUGUCCUUUAUCCAGAGUGAAGGUAGCAGAACCAGGAAAACUGACUGCCAUGGUGUCCUGGGAGCGUCCGACUGCCACAGAUACGACCGGCACAUCACUGCAGAUUUUGAGAAAUGGACCAGACUCAGGUUCGGAAUUUACUGAGGGGCAGUAUGUAAUUCGCUACAAAGUCUAUGACCAGGCCCGGAACAUGGCCACCUGCAAGUUUACAGUGCAUGUUGAAGUCAGGAGAUGUCCUUUGCUAAAGGCCCCAUUGCAUGGUUACCUGAGCUGCUCAUCCAACAACAAUAAUUAUGGAGCUGUGUGCGAGUAUCACUGUGAUCCUGGUUAUGAGAGGAGUGGCACUGUUCACAGAGUCUGCCUGUUCAACCGCAGCUGGUCAGAUCAAGCUGCAGAAUGCACAUUGAUGGAGAUUAAAACUGACGUGAGGUCUGCUGGUGCUCUGCUUGACCAGUUCUAUGAAAAGAGGAGACUCCUCAUUGUGUCCACUCCAAGUGCAAGUGACCAGUACUACAAGCUUCAGAAUAUCAUGCUGCAGAGUGCUGGAUGUGGGCUGGAUCUUCGACAUGUGACGGUGAUUGAACUGAUAGGAAUUCCACCUCAAGAAGUGGGCCGAAUUAAAGAACAAUUUCUAGAGCCAGAGGUCAUUGAGGGUCUCAGGCAGGCUCUACACAUCACUAGCUCCCACUUCAACAUGGUGUUGCUUGACGAACUUGGUGUCGACCGUGAACGUUUCAUUAACCCCACCACAUCAGAUGAACUCUACACUUACAUUGAAGAGUAUGUUCUCACAGAGGAGGAACAAGAGAGGCUGCAGCUAAACCGAGACCUUUGUGACUGAGACAGAAAUGAUCAACACUUCUAAGGGUCAUGAACAGCAAAGCUGUGCUUUGUGAGGAUUCUCCAUUCUAAAUGUUUAGUGUUUGUCACACACAUUGUAGAUGUCAACAUUAUCCUAUGUAUUAACCAGAUUCAGGUCCCUUUUAUUGGGUGUGUUUUUAGACCUAAAUGUAUUUCAUAAUCUUCAGUAUUUUGUACAUAUCACAGCUAACAGGAAGAGUGCAAAAUAUUAUAUACUAUUUAUUAAAUGCAUUGUAUAUAACUGUUUUAAAAAGCUGUGCAUUGUAGUCAGGACCUACAGUAACUGAGCUUUGUGCCAUUAUAUUCAGUGAAUAAUUCUAGCCUUAAUAAUUCUAAUUUUAACAAUAUUGCAUUUUUCAUAAUGUUUACACAUAAAAAAGAAAUGAAAAAAAUAAAUGCACUGAUUUGCACCUGUUAGCUCUAAA